GAUAGUCAAUUCAUCCAAGGGCGAACAAGUCACAGAGCUUUAGACCCAGCUGUGAUCUGUGAUAGCACAAUUGGAGCAAACUCGACUUAGAAAUUGCGGCCUCGCGUUCCAAUCUGUGGUCUGGGCAUAAGCCAUCUUCAGAUACUAAUUAAGUCCUUUUAUCUGUGGAUCUUCCGGAGUUGUGCCCCGGGUCCGUUGAAAAAGAGUCAUCAAGUGCUUUUCUCCGCCUUUUUAAAGCUCCGCAACCGCCAACCCCCAAAUUAACCUCAACAGUCUUUGGUGAUAGUGCAGCACAGGGUUGAUUGAGUGCUCUCUACUUCAUUAUCUUCACAUUGUUUGCGGAUCACGCUCACGAUGCGAUCUUUCCAGGUUGCCCGCCGUCGGGCGUUACUACAGAGCUUCGUUGCCCCUGGCGCCCCCCAAAACUCCGCACUGAGUCAAUUAUGGAAGAGAUGCUUCAGCGCAACACCAACUGCUGCUUCCAGCUUAGCUGGUCUUGAUCCUUCCAAGCUUACAGUUACCAAGACGAGCACGCCCAAAGAGUUGACGGCCGCCAAGGACCUUGUCUUCGGAAAGACCUUCACUGACCAUAUGCUUUCGAUUGAAUGGACAGCGGCUGAUGGCUGGCACACCCCCCAGAUCGUUCCGUACCAGAACCUGAGCCUCGACCCCUCAGCCUGUGUGCUUCACUAUGCAUUCGAGUGCUUCGAAGGUAUGAAGGCAUACAAGGACAACAAAGGCCAAAUCCGGCUGUUCCGCCCGAACAAGAAUAUGGCACGUUUGAACAAGUCGUCUUCCAGAAUUGCGUUGCCCACCUUCGACGGCGAGGCUCUGACCAAACUGAUUGGAGAAUUCGUGAAGCUGGACAGCAGAUUCAUCCCGGAUGCUCGAGGAUACUCGUUAUACCUGCGUCCCACGAUGAUUGGCACUCAAAAGACUCUUGGUGUCGGACCCCCAGGUUCCGCCCUUCUAUUCGUGAUCGCAAGCCCUGUUGGCCCUUACUACCCCACUGGCUUCAAGGCUAUCUCUCUUGAGGCCACCGACUAUGCAGUCCGCGCUUGGCCCGGUGGCGUGGGAGACAAGAAGCUAGGUGCGAAUUACGCACCUUGUGUUCUGCCUCAACUCGAAGCUGCCUCCCGGGGUUUCCAGCAGAACCUGUGGCUUUUCGGAGAGGAGGAGUAUAUCACUGAAGUUGGCACGAUGAAUCUCUUCGUCGCAAUGAAGAACAAGGAAACUGGUCAGAAGGAGCUGGUGACUGCACCAUUAGACGGGACAAUCCUUGAAGGUGUCACUAGAGAUUCGGUGUUGGCUCUGGCAAGGGAAAGACUGGUGCCAAAGGGGUGGGCUGUCGCAGAGCGCAAAGUCAGGAUGACUGAGCUUGCUGAAGCAGCUCAGGAGGGAAGACUAAUUGAGGUCUUCGGAGCCGGAACCGCGGCCAUUGUGAGCCCCGUACGAAAGAUUAGCUACAAGGGUCAGCUGGUCGACUGCGGUCUGAAGGAAAACGAAGAGGCUGGGGAAAUCGCCUUGCAAAUGAAGAACUGGAUCGAGGGUAUUCAGUAUGGUGACGAGGAGCAUCCGUGGAGCUACGUCCUAUAGAGUCAGAUUUAAGGAUAGGAGUUGAUGUGUUCUCAACAAUCAUUGCAUGUGUGGGUGCGUGUGUGUGCGCGCGCGCGUGGUUUAUGUCGUCUCCCAUAGACGAAUCAAAACGUUUGAUUCAAGAUCAAGGGGCGUUGUAUGGCUCAUGGUGGUUUUGAUGGACCGAAAACACAAAUAACAAUAUGUUCAUGGUUAAUCUCUGAGCGUUACCUGAGGCUAGAGCAGUUAAAACUCAUCUUUUCAGUGCUCCUGCGACUUUGAUUCUGGUUCAGACGGAGAUUUUACUGUAUACCAACUCGUCCAAGACACCGUUCCGGGGCCAAAUGCACGGCAAGCAUCGCCACCGAGCUAUCAUGUUCAAGUCUAGGCAAACAGACAUUGAGAGAAAGCCGAUCGGUGACGCUAGGUCUCAGGACAUUGAAUAAGGCCCACAUUGUC